AUGAAUCCUUGUUCCAUAGCGACACCUCAGCAGGAUACUGAAGGCGAUGGAAGGUGGAAUAGCAUUCACAAUAGAUUUCUUUCUGAUGCGAAAGGAAAAGAUGCCGAUGUGAUUUUCCUGGGAGAUUCUAUAUUGCAAGCUUUAGAGCAUACUGAAGUGUGGAAUCAAUGGUUUGCUCCACUACAUUGCCUUAACUUUAGUAUUCAUAGAGACCAAACUCAGAAUGUGUUAUGGCGCAUUAGAAAUGGGGAGCUGGACCAUGUUGAUCCAAAAGUCAUUGUAUUGCAUGUAGGAACAAAUAAUGUUGAAUAUACAGCAGAACAUAUUUGUGAGGGUAUAUUAGAAAUUAUUCAUACAAUUCAAGAAAAGCAUCCUAAUGUUUACAUAGUCAUACCUAGUCUUCUUCCUCGUGGCCAACAUCCUAAUUUAUUAAGAGAAAAGAAUUCUAAAAUAAAUCAGCUUUUAAAAGAAAAGGUGGUACAUAUGAAGAAAGUAGAUAUGGUAUUCAUUGAUAAAGGUUUUAUUCAAAGUGAUGGUACUAUAAGUCACCAUGACAUGCAUGAUUAUCUAAUACCCACAAAUGCGGCAUGUCGGAAGGCAUUCGAGCCAGUUCACGAUCUCUUGCAUCAAAUAUUAUCUGAAGGAGAGCCAGAGAAGGAUUUGACACCUUCAGAAUAA